AUUCAUCACAUUCAUUUUAAGCUUUCCAUGGGAGGCUGCGCCCGUCGAAUAACCGUGGCUUAGUGCACAUCGUGUGCUUAACGCACGCGGGUAUAAAUGGGUCUUCGUAAGGGGCAAGCCCCCAAUGCAUUCUCCUGUUACGAUGCAUUCUCCCGUUACGGCCUUGUGUCCUAAUUUUGGAGGGGGCCAGGAUGGGGUUGGAUCCUGGAUGUACGACCCACAAAUUGAGAAUGUGGUAAAGACCUCGAGAUCGUGGCUUUUGGCCCACCAACUACACAAAUUGGCUGCGGGGCAGACAUACUGGCAUCUGGAAUAGUUCAGUAUAAAGUACUGUGCUCCCCCAUCUAAUUUCAAGAUCAUCCAACCUUCGUCGGCAUCUUCAAUCUUCACAAUGGCUAUUCUCUCAAGAUUUCUUCAACUUUCUGUCGGUCUGAUGGCUUCCACCACAGUUAUCGCGGCACCUGUUGAGCCAAGGGCAGUCAUUGGGCACGACAAGUAGGUUUAAUUUCCUCUAUUCAUGUAGUUCAUCCAAGAUCUUGCUAACAUAUCAUCCCCAGGGUUGCAUCAUUUGCAGAGACUGUUCCUGGUGGCACUCAAGGGCAAGUUUACAAGGCCUAUCAACCAAUGCUAAAGGUGAACAAUGGAUGUGUUCCAUUCCCAGCUGUGAGCGCCAACGGCGACACAAGGUAUGUCUUUUUUCGCCGUUCAAAGUUUCGAAUCAAAUUCUAAUACAAUGUAGUGGCGGUCUUCAAACUUCUGGUUCAAGCAACGGGAAGUGUGGCAGUUCCACUGGACAGGUUUAUGUCCGAAGUGGUGAAUCCAAUGGCAGAACUGCUCUGAUGUAUUCUUGGUAAGUCAAAGUUCUUAAACCAACAGUAGUUGAUGUACUGAUUCCCACCAGGUACUUCCCCAAAGACUCACCAGCAAGUGGGCUCGGGCAUCGUCAUGAUUGGGAGGCAAUCAUCGUUUGGCUUCAAAGUGGCACAGCAACCAACAGGGAGAAUAUUCUCGCUGUGUGCCCAUCAGCACACGGGGGAUUCGAGUGUUCCAAGUCCCCCAACCUUGACGGAGUCACUCCUUUGAUCAAGUACGAAAGUAUUUUCCCUAUCAACCACGCCCUCGGAUUCACCAACAUCAAAGGAGGAAAACAACCAAUGAUUGCGUGGGAGUCUCUUCCUGACCCUGCCAGAACUGCACUCAUAAAUACCGACUUCAAAGACGCCAAUGUUCCAUUCAAAGACGCAAACUUCAACAACAACCUUGGAAAGGCAACCUUCUAAUGACAUUUACGAUCCCCGCGCGUUUUGUUUUUGAGUUACAAUGAUACCUGAUCCAGCGGUUCUAGAGGAACAAACAGCUGCUGGAAGCAUUGACCAGAUUGAGUCGGCUACCUAGUGUAGCUAUAUAUAAAUAUUUUAAUACAACACCACAUUCAUGAC